AUGGAGAAGCUGCAGAAACAAAAUAAUAAGUCCAAAAGACGUAGCAAUGGAGGAGAAGAAGAAGUUCGGGUUGUGAAGAAAAGAAUUAACACCGGACCGGAUCCUCCCCCUUCGCUACCUGAAGAAUUCAAGGAUGCAAUUCAAGAACUGGCCAAUGGAAGAAGUAUUUCACAGGAGAUAUUGGUGGUACAGAAGGGACUCUAUAAAUCUGAUACAGAACCUCAACAAAGCCGGCUUUCUAUUCCUCUAAAUUCAGUUGUAGGAGAGUUUCUCAAGGAUGAAGAGAAAGUCCAUCUUCUGAAACGCUUCAAUGGCAAGCUGGAGCACAUAUCUGUACCAAUUAUUGAUCCUUUGCUAAUAAGGGACAAAGUGGAUUUGAGGAGAUGGCCGAUGAAGAAAAGCAAUGGGAAGGAGAGCGUAUCCUACAUGCUGACUGGAAAUUAGAUAGAUAUGCUGAACAGGAACGACUUGAAAGUUGGGAACGUGGUGCAACUGUGGCCUGUCCGAAUCGAAGAAAAAUUGGUGUUCUGUCUGAAUUAUGACUUUUGUUGGUGUCGACGAGAGGUAGCCACAGCCCUAGAGAAAAUGAAGUUGGAGGAAAUUUGGCCAGGUUUGUUUUCGUAGGUUAUGGCCUGUAGAUUGGUUUUGGGUCCUAUAGUAUGUUGAAAUUGGGCCAGUUGGUUCAAGUUGGCUUGGAAUUGUUGUGUUGGGCUUGUUGGGUUAGUUUUUUUUUUAGUUCGGCUGGUAUUUUAAUUUUUGAGUAAGUGGGCUUGAAAUGUUUGAUGGGUCUGCUGAAUUGGGCCUAAGUAGUGGGCUGUGGAUUGCCAGCAGUUUGGUAAUGUUGGAUUUGGGCCUUGUAUUUUGGGAUUUCAAUUUGUGCAUU